UUUUCAAUUUAAUAACCUCGAAGCAACUUUACGAUGUCGGAAAAAAUAAAAUUCGGAGACGUGGGCAGUGACUAUGAACCAUCCGAUUCAGAAAAUGAGUAUAGCGAUGGUGAAAAACAGCUGUUAAAGCUCAACGUUAACCGGCGUGAUCAGCAGGAAGACGACGGUUCGGAAGCGGUAUUACAGUUCGAUGACGAUGCUGAUGGCACCGACGGGGACGAUUACGAGGACGAGGACGAGGAGCCGGAUUUUGAGGAUAUCCGCAAGUUCGAGCACGACAGUGAUCUCGAUGAAGCAAACGAGGAAGACUAUUUGCCGGACCGGAAAGCGUGGGGCUCUAAGGCGAGUGCCUUCUACGGGACGGGCUAUGCUGACCGCGACUACGACAGUCUUACGGCGCAGGAGGAGGAAUUGGCCUUGUUGGAGGAACAGGAAGCGAAGGAAAUUCAAAAGCGAUUGAUGAAAGACAUGACCGAGGCCGACUUUCUUUUCGAUCCAUUCAUGUUCGAUAGCACUCAGCAGACGACCCCCACUGAAAAGUCCAAGAAAACAAAAUCCAAAAGUUCAAAGUCUGCUUCGAAGGAUUUGAUCGUUAUCGAGAAAGAUCUCUCGGAUUUAACGGAACGCCAAAAGAAGGAUCUGUUCCUGAAGGAUUCACCGGAGUUUGCGGGUCUGGUGGAGGACUGCACCAAACAGCUGAGCGAAUGCGCUGAAACGAUGGAACCGGUGCUAAAGUUUCUCCAAACACGCGAUAAGUUGGACCACCCAUUCGCACAGCUUUUGCAAAAACGCUACGAGCUCGGUUUGCUCUAUUGCAGCAACAUUACAUUUUACGUACUGCUUAAGGCGCAAAGGGUGCGCAUCCAGGCUCAUCCGCUGGUAAAACGUGUGCUACAGAUGAAGCAGUUGCUACAGGAGCUGGACCAAAAGUAUGAACUAAGCAUCAAAGGACAGGUUGAGCAGCUUAAAAAUGCAUUGGCGGCCGGCGAAGAAAUCACAUUUACCGACGAUGUAGACAAACGCAGCACCGGUGUCAUCAGAAGCCAAAAGCGCGAUCGCUUCGGUGUUUUGGAUCGAUUGGAAUCGAACCUUGCGCGAACGGCGAACGAAGAAGAAUCGACCCACGAUGAGCUGGAAGAUGGAGAUGAAAGCGAACUUGAGUCAGUUUCAACUACCAAACGGCCAAAACUUUCCGACGGCGAGGAAUUGGAAGACGGCGACGAUGGGGAAGAAGAGGAGCAAGAGGAAUCGGCUGAUGAGGUCGGAAAACGCAAGAUCACCUACCAGAUCGCGAAAAACAAGGGCUUGACGGUGCGCAAACGUCGCGAUCAACGCAACGUGCGCGUGAAGAAUAAGUUGAAGUACCGUAAGGCGUUGAUCCGACGCAAGGGGGCCAUCCGGCCAGUGCGUACCGAAACGACGCGAUACACAGGAGAAUCAAGCAUCAAACCGUUCGUGAAGCGUGGCAUUAAGUUGAAGUGAAAAAGUGGCUGGGAUUUUAUGUUAAGGAAAUAACUUUAUUCUCACAUUUUUCACGGCACUACAAAGUGAGAAAUAUAAACCCAAAUACAGACAAAAAGCGACACAGGAAAAGCAAAUAUUACGUGGAGUAGCAGUAAUGAUGGAAGAAUCCGCGAUAACGGACACAAAAUUAAUCGCGAUGUUUAUGGAUACUACGGAAUAAACCACUUCCGCAAAGAAACGCAAACGCUGCCUAUCGCACAACACGGUUGACGAUGGAAGCAAGAGAAAAGGCGGAAUAAA